UUACUUUUCAGGAAGUUCUGUGAUGUUUGGAUCAUAUCUUCUAACUUUCCUUCAAGUAACAGACACAACCUCAGAAUUCCCCACCACCCCACCAUCACUUCUGAGGUUUUCCCUUCUUGCCUAAGGAAGGUAGUGAUGUGAGGGAGGUGUUCCCAAGCCAUCCACUUAUACUAAAAUACCCUGUUGAGAUGUUUCCAUGUUACUACUGUUGCCUAAGCCCUUUCCUUUAUCUAGCUUCUCAGGCAGCAGUUCCAGCAGCAGAACACCAAUUUCCUCUUGUGAAAUAGGCUCUUGUGUUCUGUUUAGAAAUUCACAAUGGCCAAAAAAGUCGGACAAAGUUUGAAGGAUGUGCCUCUUAUGCAAAUGUCUUAGCCCAUAAUCUUCUAAGUGGUCACUCUGACUCACUUUUUCCCUGGCUCACGCUGAAGUGCUAUAUGGAAUAGUUUUCUUUUUUGUUUCUGGGAUUUUCUGGCGCUGGUAAAAUUCCAUCUUGAUGACCUGCUAAGGUCAUAAAAAUGAUGAUGAAAACAAGUUACUGUUGACCUUUAAGAGUGAGUCGAGGAUGAGUAACGCACAGAGGGACCUGGUGAUCCCAGAGGGUUUUAGACGAGAUGUUUGUACUACUGUCUGCUACUGUGUUAAUCUCCUUGCAUUCUUUUCUGGUGGAAAAGAGCAGCAAAUAAUGGCGGCAGCUACAGGGGAUCCUGGACUCUUCAAAUUGCAGUUUGCCCCCUUCAGCAGUGCCUUGGAUGUUGGGUUCUGGCAUGAGUUGACCCAGAAGAAGCUGAAUGAAUAUCGACUGGACGAAGCUCCCAAGGACAUUAAGGGUUAUUACUACAAUGGUGAUUCUGCUGGACUGCCAGCUCGUUUGACAUUGGAGUUCAGUGCCUUUGACAUGACUGCUCCCACCCCAGCCCAUUGCUGCCCAGCUGUUGGAACACUGUAUAACACCAAUACGCUUGAGUCCUUCAAGACUGCAGACAAGAAGCUACUUCUGGAACAAGCAGCAAAUGAGAUUUGGGAAUCAAUAAAAUCGGGCGCUGCUCUUGAAAACCCUGUGCUCCUCAACAAAUUCCUCCUCUUGACAUUUGCAGAUCUAAAGAAGUAUCACUUCUACUAUUGGUUUUGCUAUCCUGCCCUCUGUCUUCCAGAGAGUAUACCUCUCAUUCACGGGCCAGUGGGUUUGGAUCAAAGGUUUUCACCAAAACAGAUUCAAGCCCUUGAGCAUGCAUAUGAUGAUCUUUGUCAAAAGGAAGGAGUCACAGCCCUACCUUACUUCUUAAUCAAGUAUGAUGAGGACAUGGUGCUGGUUUCCUUACUUAAACACUGCAGUGAUUUCUUCCAAGGACAAAGGACAAAGAUAACAGUUGGUGUAUAUGAUCCCUGCAACUUAGCCCAGUAUCCUGGAUGGCCACUGAGGAAUUUUUUGGUCCUAGCAGCCCACAGAUGGAGUAGCAGUUUCCAGUCUGUAGAAGUCCUCUGCUUCCGGGACCGCACUAUGCAGGGAACGAGAGAUGUCACCCACAGCAUCCUCUUUGAAGUGAAGCUUCCAGAAAUGGCGUUUAGCCCAGAUUGUCCCAAAGCAGUCGGGUGGGAAAAGAACCAGAAAGGAGGCAUGGGACCGAGGAUGGUGAACCUCAGUGAAUGUAUGGACCCUAAAAGGUUAGCUGAGUCAUCAGUGGAUCUAAAUCUCAAGUUGAUGUGUUGGAGGUUGGUCCCUACUUUGGACUUAGACAAGGUCGUGUCUGUCAAAUGUCUGCUGCUUGGAGCUGGCACCUUGGGCUGUAAUGUAGCCAGGACACUAAUGGGUUGGGGCGUCAGACACGUCACCUUUGUGGACAAUGCCAGAAUCUCCUACUCCAACCCUGUAAGGCAGCCUCUCUAUGAAUUUGAAGAUUGCCUCGGUGGCGGUAAGCCCAAGGCCCUGGCUGCAGCAGACCGGCUCCAGAAAAUAUUCCCUGGAGUGAAUGCCAGAGGGUACAACAUGAGUAUCCCCAUGCCUGGACAUCCAGUGAACUUCUCCAGCAUCACCCUGGAGCAAGCCCGCAAGGAUGUGGAGCAACUGGAGCAGCUCAUCGAAAGCCACGAUGUCAUUUUUCUGUUGAUGGAUACAAGGGAGAGCCGGUGGCUUCCUGCUGUCAUUGCUGCCAGCAAGAGAAAGCUGGUCAUCAAUGCUGCCUUGGGAUUUGACACAUUUGUUGUCAUGAGGCAUGGCCUGAAGAAACCCAAGCAGCAGGGAGCGGGGGACUUAUGCCCCAGCCACCCUGUGGCAUCUGCCGACCUCCUGGGCUCAUCGCUUUUUGCCAACAUCCCUGGCUACAAACUUGGCUGCUAUUUCUGCAAUGAUGUGGUGGCCCCGGGCGAUUCAACUAGGGACCGGACCUUGGACCAGCAGUGCACCGUGAGUCGCCCAGGAUUGGCCAUGAUUGCUGGAGCCCUGGCAGUGGAAUUGAUGGUUUCUGUUUUGCAGCAUCCAGAAGGGGGCUACGCCAUUGCCAGCAGCAGUGACGACCGCAUGAAUGAGCCCCCAACAUCUCUUGGGCUUGUGCCCCACCAGAUCCGGGGAUUUCUGUCGCGGUUUGAUAAUGUCCUUCCUGUCAGCCUAGCAUUUGACAAAUGUACAGCUUGUUCUUCCAAAGUUCUUGAUCAAUAUGAGCGAGAAGGAUUUGAUUUCCUAGCGAAGGUGUUUAAUUCUUCACAUUCCUUCUUAGAAGACUUGACUGGUCUUACAUUGCUACAUCAAGAGACUCAAGCUGCUGAGAUCUGGGACAUGAGUGACGAGGAGACCGUCUGAGGAGGGCCACCUUCCACCACCGCCUGCUGCGGAUGCGUGGGAUUGCCAGAGAGGACUGACAGCCCCGGGACUGUGGUCUCGGGCCCUGCACGCCACCCCCCAACCCCAUCCAGUCCCCUCCUCUCCACACCUCGAGGACAGGACCCUUCCCUGCUCCUUUGCUCAUGACUCACCACCCCACGAGCCUGAACUAAAUAAUAACCUCAGCUUUGGUGUUGCUAGCCAUUGGAAAUUU